AUGUGGCCCCUGAGUCACGCAGGGCCAGGCGCGAGGCCCGGGACGCCCCCUGCCCUGCGAGACUCUGGAUCGGCCGAGCGGCGGCCGUCCCGGGCGCAGCCGUCCCCGCUCCCGCUGUCCCCACCGCCGGGUCCACCGGGAGCCCGCUUGGCGUCCACUGAACCUGGGGCCCCGCACACACGGCAGAGCAGGGUCCCCGGGCUCCGCCCGCCCCGGCAGCUGCCUCCGCUCUGGACCCCCGCACCCGCCGGGGCCCGGGUCACCGUCUGGCAAGGCCAAAGCGCAGCGGGGCCGGGGCCGGCGGAGGGCCCGCGGCGGGGCCGGGGCCGGCGGAGGGGCCCGCGGCGGGGCCGGGGCCGGCGGAGGGCCCGCAGCGGCCCCCGAGGCCGGGGAGCCCGUCCGCACCCCAAGCGGGGCAGGAAGGGGUGGGGGCCGCGGCCGAAGCUCGCGGGCGGCUCGAGGCGCGGGGCCCCACCGGACCCGGGUUCGCCCCCGCGGACGCCCCGCCGUUCGCGAACCUUCCUGCGUGGGGCCCGCUCCGACUUUCGGUUUCCGGCCCCGAGAAAUCCCCUCAGGCGCGCGCGCCGCGGCGUCCGCGCCUCCCGCCGGGCCUCCCGGGUCCGCGCGCCCCGCUACCCCGCGUCCCCGCCCCUAGACCUCGACCCCCGACCCCACCGCGACCCCGACCCGGACGUCAGGACUCACCAACGGUCGCCUCGCGCCCGGAACUGCCUGCCAGCCGGCCGCCGCGGCUGCCGCCGACCCGCCCCCGAGCCCGCCUGA